UUUCAGUCAGUCAACGACUGUUCAACAGCUCUAUCAAUAUAUUUAUAUUAUCUCUCAGGUAUGCGAGGUCCGUAUAAAUGCGCCAGAAGCUUUCCGUGCGGUGCUUAAUUCCUCCACAAACGUCUCGACGGUCGGUCAUUCGUCGUUAUUCUCGAGAUCGCUCGCGUGGCUCUGCCUGCCUGUCUGACUGACUGACUGACAGUGGUUCCUCAAUUUUGCGGUCGGGUGACAGUCGGGUUUCGUUGCGGAAGUUAAAACCUAUAAAGAACAUGCGAAAAGCAUCGAAAGUGACGCCCGGAAAAUACUAAAUACCUGCCUGCGGUAACCUCCUAGGCGUAGGUCGCGGAGGUGGUGGUGGUGGUGGUGUUGUUACUAGCGAAUUAGCCCGAGGAGAAUUUGCCGCCAACGACGGUAAUAGUUGGUUCUGGUCUGAGCCCGGGACUGCAUUCCGGUGGUGCUGUGACGUGUGUCGGAUUCAGUAAUCAAUCCAAGUGUGCAACGAAUCGAUCAUCAUGUUGAGUGGGUGGCAGCUGACAGUGUCCAAAUUUUUCAUCAUUCCGCAGCGGGUGGUCCUGGCGAUCUUCGGCUUUCUGGCAAUCCUCAAUGCCUACACGAUGCGGAUCAGCCUGUCGAUCGCCAUCACCGAGAUGGUCAACAAGACUACCAGCGCCGAACUGGAAGAAGGUGUCUGCCCGGCUGAAGACGGUUUGGGGACCAGCGAAAUCAGCGGAGGACAAUUCAACUGGGAUCAGGAACUGCAGGGUAUCAUUCUGUCAUCGUUCUACUGGGGUUACGUGAUCACCCAUCUGCCGGGUGGUAUACUGGCGGAAAGGUUUGGCGGAAAGUGGACACUCAGUUUGGGCAUUCUGUCGACGGCUGUGUUCACCUUGAUCACACCUUGGGCCGUCAACUUGGGAGGAUCGACGGCACUGAUUGUGAUCCGGGUGUUGAUGGGUCUCGGCGAGGGAACCACAUUUCCGGCGUUGAGUGCCUUGCUGGCCGCGUGGAUACCGCUGAAAGAACGGAGCAAGCUGGGAUCGCUGGUGUUCGGUGGUGGGCAGAUGGGUACGAUUCUGGGAAAUCUAAUAUCCGGCCUUUUGCUACACAACUUCGAUGGAUGGUCGUCCGUGUUCUACUUCUUCGGUGGAAUGGGAGUCUUGUGGUUCAUUUUAUUCACGCUCCUCUGCUACAGUGACCCAGAAUCUCACCCAUUCAUCAGUGACAAAGAGAAGGAAUACCUCCAGCAGGAAAUGGGAACACUGUCCCGGGACAAAACACUUCCACCGACACCGUGGCGUUACAUUCUGACCAGUGUGCCGCUGAUGGCAUUGGUUUGUGCCCAGAUCGGUCACGAUUGGGGCUUUUUCAUCAUGGUGACGGAUCUUCCCAAGUACAUGAGUGACGUUCUGAGGUUCUCGAUCAAGAAUAACGGUCUGUUUUCCUCACUACCCUAUCUGUUGAUGUGGAUCGUAUCUCUGACGACUGGAGUGCUGAGCGAUUGGUUGAUCUCCUCCGGAAGGAUGUCGAUCACUUUUGGCAGGAAGCUAUUCACGACAAUCGCAUCCGCUGGACCGGCUUUCUUCAUCGUGGGUGCUUCGUAUGCCGGUUGUGAUCGUGCUCUGGUGGUCGCACUGUUCACCCUAGCGAUGGGUUUCAUGGGUACCUUCUAUCCGGGAAUGAAGGUCAACCCACUGGAUCUGAGUCCCAACUAUGCGGGAAGUUUGAUGGCUGUUACCAACGGUAUUGGUGCCAUUACGGGAAUCAUCGCUCCGUACGUCGUUGGCAUCAUGACUCCGAAUCACGCGCUCGAAGAAUGGCGCAUCGUAUUUUGGAUCUCGUUUGCCGUAUUCCACGUGACUAAUUUGGUGUACGUGCUGUGGGCAUCUGGCGAGGUGCAACCCUGGAACACACCGCAUCUGAUGAACAAAUCGGUGGAAUCCGGUGACUCCAAGCACGACAUUUUCAGCGACGAGAAGAAAAAGUCGGAUGCCGUGAAGAUGAUGAAGUGAUCGAUCGGGUGUGAAGUCGAAGUCUUCAGAGUUCGAGCUUGUUACUAUUUAAUUUAUUUAAUCCAGUAAAAUCAUCCAGACUUUUGCUCUGGAGAUAGUGAUACGAAAGUACGAGACAAAUACUGCUUCUCUUGAUGAGAAGCAACUGUUAGGAUUAAACGAAAACCGUAGAUUUUGUUUUGUUUUUUUUUGGUGUACAAACGCGUCCAAAGUAACUGACCACCUCGGCUCGAUCGUCAAACUUACGAAAGUAUUCGUCAGCGAAGCUGGUGCUGGUGUCAAUUGAGUCAAGUGACGAUUCGACGUGAAAAAUUACACGCCUCAUAAAACUGCAUUCGUCUUGUACGUGUUUGCAUUUCUAGUUGACUUCAAUCAAUCAAUCAAUCGCGUUAUAAGUCAGGUAGGGAAACUUUGUUAGAAAUAGUAGGUAGGUGAUCGAAGGUGAACUUGGCGGAAGAACAAAUACCAGCUAGAUAAAGUUGUAGCUAAUCGAACGGAUUACUUACAUAAUCUUUGCAAACAUGUGCCACGGAACUGAGGAUAGUCUCGCUUUCUACCUAAUUAUGUAUUUUUGUAUAGUGUUCCAAAUAAAUAUUGUAUUGUUAAGCUCUAA